AUGCAUAUGCAGAUGUGCAAGUUUGUAAGGGUUGUCAUAUUAGUAGUAUUGGAGAGGUUUGCUGAUUGCUGUACAGUAUCUUCAUGUAUCAAGUACCUCAUCUGUGGCUGUAGUUCAGUGAAUACUCCAAAGACUCCAAAUGGUCAUCUUGCAUAACACCUGAACGGGCAAUUUGGCAUUACAGAUAAGCUGGUGUAACGUUGUGGGCUUUUUUCCAAAAAGAAGUGGUCUUGAUUCUGGUUCUACUUGCUUUUCCUGUGUUGUGUGUAACAAUUGUUAGGUGCAGGGUGAAUAAAGUCAGAAGAUGAGUUUACAGCUAUACAACCAUGAAGGCAAAUGCAGAGUGGAACAAAGCCAGCAGCGGGGCUACCUCUCAUGAAAUACUGUAAUUGUACCAUAGAGAAUGUAUUGCCUCCAAGUGUUUGGAAAGAACAGUUUGCCCUUCUGUGACAUGUUAUUGUGAUCUGUGGCAGCUGGAAUGGGCCUGGCUAAACCUAAUCCAGUGAAAGGGAAGUCUUCAGUCAGGAAAUUCUGGUGAUUAAAGAUCAUGGCAACCAUAGAGGAACUGGCCCAUCAAAUUUUUGAACAGCAAAUGGGAAAGGUUACACAUUCCCAGGAAGGUGGUACACAAACACUAAUGGAUGGGACACCACAACGAAUACAGAUUGUCCCUGCAGAUUCGGGCCUCUCUUUAUCACAGCGUAUACAGAUUGUCACAGAUCAGCAGACGGGCCAGAAGAUUCAGAUUGUUACAUCACUUGAUCAGAGCUCAGCAGGCAAGCAGUUCAUCUUAACAAAUCAUGAUGGCUCUACCCCAAGCAAGGUGAUCCUUGCCAGACAAGAUUCCACUCCAGGAAAAGUUAUCCUAGCAACUCCAGAUGCUGCAGGUGUCAACCAACUGUUUUUUGCAUCCCCUGAUAUAUCUGCACAACACAUCCAGAUUUUAACGGACAACUCCCCCAGUGAACAGGGCCUAAAUAAAGUGUUUGAUCUGUGUGUUGUGUGUGGAGACAAAGCAUCAGGGCGUCAUUAUGGAGCAGUAACCUGUGAGGGGUGCAAAGGAUUCUUUAAAAGGAGCAUACGGAAGAAUUUAGUUUAUUCCUGCCGAGGAACGAAGGACUGCGUCAUUAACAAGCACCACCGGAAUCGCUGCCAGUACUGCAGGCUGCAGAGAUGCAUCGCCUUUGGGAUGAAACAAGACUCUGUACAGUGUGAGAGGAAACCUAUUGAAGUGUCAAGAGAAAAAUCUUCCAACUGUGCAGCUUCUACAGAAAAGAUCUACAUUCGGAAAGAUCUUCGUAGUCCAUUAGCUGCAACCCCAACUUUUGUAACAGACAAUGAAACAGCAAGAUCAACGGGUUUGCUGGAAUCAGGAAUGUUUGUUAACAUUCAUCCAUCUGCAAUAAAAAGUGAACCUACUCUGCUGAUGACUCCAGAUAAGGUAGAAGCAUGUCAAGGAGAUUUAAGUACACUGGCAAAUGUGGUGACUUCAUUAGCAAAUCUCAGUAAAUGCAAAGACAUGUCACAAAGCAGUACAGAGCUAUCCAUGAUCGAAAAUUUGAGUAAUGGAGAUGCAUCAUUAUCUGAACUCAAGCAAGAAGAACAAGCUAGUAGUGAUGUUACAAGGGCAUUUGAUACUCUUGCAAAAGCAUUAAAUCCAGGAGAGAGUGCAGCAUGCCAGAACUCUGAAAGUGUUGACACCAGUUCACAGCUGCUUGGUGGAGAAACAAGCAUGAACAUAGUUGAAAUAGAGGGGCCACUACUCAGUGAUGCACAUGUAGCAUUUAGGCUCACCAUGCCUUCUCCUAUGCCUGAUUAUCUUAAUGUUCACUAUAUCUGUGAGUCUGCCUCCAGGUUGCUUUUCUUGUCCAUGCACUGGGCACGUUCCAUUCCAUCUUUCCAAGCUUUGGGACAGGAUAACAGCAUAUCAUUAGUAAAAGCCUGCUGGAAUGAACUUUUUACGCUUGGUCUAGCACAAUGCUCACAAGUUAUGAAUGUGGCAACGAUCUUAGCUGCUUUUGUUAAUCACCUUCAAGGCAGUUUACAACAAGAGAAGUUGCCAACAGACAGAGGAAGACUAGUAAUGGAGCAUGUCUUCAAAUUGCAAGAGUUUUGUAACAGCAUGGUUAAACUGUGUCUAGAUGGAUAUGAAUAUGCAUAUUUGAAAGCAAUUGUCCUCUUCAGUCCUGAUCACCCAGGUCUAGAAAAUGUGGUACAGAUUGAGAAAUUUCAAGAAAAAGCUUACAUGGAGUUCCAGGACUAUGUAACAAAGGCGUAUCCGGAUGAUACUUACAGACUGUCUAGACUUCUUCUCCGAUUGCCCGCUCUUAGGCUGAUGAGUGCUGCCAUCACUGAAGAGCUGUUCUUCGCAGGACUGAUUGGCAAUGUUCAGAUUGACAGCAUCAUCCCAUACAUUCUGCGAAUGGAGACAGCAGACUACAACUCUCAGAUCAUAGGGCACGGUGUGUAAAAGUAGCAGUCCAGGAUUCUGUACCAUGGCAGUCAUGGUGAUGUAAAUGCAUACCCUGUCUCCAAGAGAUGGUCAUAAGCCUUCCAAUGCACCUUUCCAAAGAAGGCUCAUAUUCCUCCUUUCCAGUACACUUGGGAAAUGUGGUGGAGUGUAUUAGGAUAUAGGAUCCCUUCCUGUUCUUCAUCUGUCUUCAAGGACUUGUAAAUUAACUUGAUAUCUGAAGAAGGUCAAGAAUUGUCCAUCCUAUUUUUGUAGGUAGACGGACUUGGAAUAUUUGUUUAUGAAUUUCAGGCUUAUGAGGAAACGGAAGAAGCUUUGAUUAAAUUAAGGUAUCUCAACUUAGUUUGAUGUUUUAGACAAAUAAAUUAACUUUCCUCUC